AGACAGGAAGAGCCCUGUUAGAAAUUUGGUUUUGCAGUCUUGAAAUACUCUUGAGGUAUUUGUCACAGCUACACUAUAUGUACAUAAAGAUGAGAAGAAACCGUCAACGUGUAUAGGAAUUGUUACGCGCAGAGCAUGGACAGCUGUACAAAACAAGAGCGACCCCCACCCCCGAAGAAACCAGGGUUAAAGUUGACAGGAAGCUGGGGGGCUGCCAUUUUUCCCUGGUGCUACUGCUAACGAUGCUAAAACUGCGAGAGGAGAGGUGGAUUUGGGAUUUUUAACCUCAAGAAAGCAUUUAAUCGAAAUCGUUUUCCUAACGUAAUUAUUCCUUCUGCCCUUGUCGCUAAACAACCAUAAAUAUUGGAUGAAUCCGGUAUGGAGAAGGUAGCGGAGCCGUCUUGGACCUCUUCGUACACCUAUCAGGUGAGCAAGCACAGCACUGAGAUGCUACACAACCUGAACGCACAGAGGAAAGAUGGAGGCAGGUUCUGCGAUGUGGUCCUCCGCGUUGGUGAGGAGAGCUUCCCAGCGCAUAAAGCCGUGCUGGCGGCUUGCAGCGAGUACUUCGAGUCGGUCUUUAGCCGCCAGUCUGAAGGCGACGCCAAGGAAUUGGAGAUGCACACAAUAAGCCCCAAAGUCUUUAAAGACAUCUUGGACUUUGCGUACACCUCAAGAAUAGUUGUGCGUCUGGAGUGCUUCCCCGAGUUGAUGACAGCUGCCAAGUUUCUGCUCAUGCGGUCUGUCAUUGAGAUCUGUCAGGAGGUGAUAAAACAGUCCAAUGUGCAGAUCCUCGUGCCCACGUUACGCGGUAGCGAUGCCAGUCUGUUCCAAAUCCACACAGAGCCCCCAGCGCUGAGCUUGUGUGUGACUCCGCAGGAUUUGAUCAACGGGAUGGGCAUGCAUCUUGUGAACGGACAAACGCCAAGUGACCUGGAUGGCAGCGAAGCCUCUGCGGCUGUGCUACUAGAGGACCCCGGGGAGCCGAUCAUGCCUACUUUACAGCCUGUAGACGGAGUCUCCCCCUCCAUGGAGAUAGCAGGAGCCAUGCUUCAUCAUGACAAUGGGUCCCCAACCUCCAAGCGGAAUAAGAGCAGCCCGAAGAAACCCGGAGUGGACACUGUACACUUGGAUCAACAGAAAGACAUCGGGUUGUUUCCUUGCAGGACUUGUGGUAAAGCUUUCACAGAGGCUUCACGAUUAAAGAAUCACGAGGCCCAGCAUGGGGCUUCCAGUGGAAGUGUCACCAGUCUCGCGGCCCCAGGUGGCCUCAGUCUGGUGGAGAACGGGGUGCAGUUGCACGGAGCCCUGGCGCCGGACAACAGCCGUAAGCGCGAGCGAACCCGGCGGCAUGUGGGCUGUGACAUUUGUGGCAAAGUGUUCCGGGAUGUAUAUCACCUGAACAGGCACAAACUCUCACAUUCUGGGGAAAAACCUUACGCGUGCCAUGUUUGUGGACUCCGGUUCAAGCGCAAGGACCGGAUGUCCUACCAUGUGCGCUCCCAUGAUGGCUCUGUGGGCAAGCCAUACGUGUGCCAAAGCUGUGGUAAAGGCUUUUCAAGACCAGAUCACCUAAAUGGACACAUAAAACAGGUUCACACAACAGAGAGACCUCACAAGUGCCAGAUUUGCAAUGCCUCUUUUGCGACAAGAGAUCGCCUCCGCUCACACCUUGUAUGCCAUGAAGAUAAAAUCCCCUGUAAGGUUUGUGGAAAAUUUCUUCGAGCUGCCUACAUGACGGACCACCUCAAAAAACACAGUGAAGGACCUCAUAACUUCUGCAGCAUUUGUAACAAAGGUUUCUCCACUGCCUCAUACCUUAAAGUGCAUAUAAAGACACACCAUGGCACCCCACUGCCCCCCUCCUUCCCUGACCCCAGAGCAGAGCCGCAGAUGCACCACGGCACCCCUUACCACAUGGGACGCCAGUGCUCAGUGGAAGAUCUGUGCACCAGUCGACAGCUUCAGUUCACCUCGUCUGAAGCAGAGGGUCGCUUUCAUGGCCUUUCUGGACACACUCUGCUUCCACAGUCUGGCCCUCCUGUGGGCUCGCAGCCUGAGCUGCUCAUGGGGAAGCCAGGUGGGGCUCCAUAUUUCUGGGAGUGUCGCUCUGGGCUGCCUGGCUUCCCAGUCCAUGGUUCUGCCGCAGAUGGACAAGAAAACACAGACAAAUGUCCACAUCUGGAGUCAGAGGAAUCAGACCCUUCGUUUGGAGAACUUUCAAACGGAGAUGAACUGAAAUCUCCACACAAGUCUGAUGUGCCGGACAUUGAAAUGCCUACAUUAGUCUGCAACGGCACCUCUGCAGGGACCAUGGGCUCUCCUGAGUCCAAAGCAAAGACCGAACCUGAGAAGAAAUUUAUCUGCAACAUCUGCGGCCAAGCCUUCCGCACCAAGUCCUACCUCAACAAGCACCAGCACAGAGUCCACAAACAGAAGGCCCAGGCAGGGUCUGGCCUGAGUGACCUGGCUCCUACCUUGUCCUCUCCCUUCUCCCCUCAGCAGAACAUGUCUCUGCUUGAGUCCUUUGGCUUUCAGAUUGUGCAGUCUGCAUUUGCCUCCUCUUUGGUGGAUGCAGACGCAGGUCAAAGUGGACUUGACUUUGGAGGCAAGUGACACUACUCACAUUUAGUAGCUUCUUUAUUUAUAGAGAAAUGCUUCACAGAAAGUACUUUGUAUUUGGGACUAGCAUACACUUCUUUUGCGUGUCUACAGCUGCUUUCACUUGGCAAUUUUUAGACUGCCACAAAAUAUAUAUUUUAUAACCUAUUCAUGUAAUGUAAAUUAUGUAAUUUUCUUUUUAAUAGAUGUAACAUGAGGACUUUGUUGUGUUAAUCAUUUGAAAACAUAUGGGCUUGACUGUGUUUUUCUGAAGUAAAAAGUGCCCAGUUUAACUGCUCUGAAUUAUAUGAUUUAUUCACUUUCUUUGUGCCCAGAGAAUUUAAAGGGCUCCAUUUUGGGUUCAUGCUUGAAAAUAUUUUUCUUUUCAGAAACUGUGAGCUUUAUUUAGAACGGACUCAUUCCUUUUGUGUGGUGGUCUUAAUGCAUAAUUUAAUAAAUACAUACUGAUAUUACCAUUAA